AUGUUUGUUCCCUUGCCGGUGCCGUUAGUGUUUCAGAGAACCGCUCCUGACUUCAGCGCCUGGCGACUCAAGUCUCCGCUGCCUCUGCGCUCCGGUAACUCCGAUAUCAGGAUGUCUAAAUCCAUAGAGGAUGACAAGAUGGGUACUGAACUUCCAAUGGACAGUACAGACUCUGAGAGGAACAGUCCUGAGGCCAGCGAACAGGCCCUGCCAAUGAAAACAAGUCCUUUCUGUCUGUCUCCUGCCCCCAGCAACAUAAAGGUGAAAGCAGAGGAAGCCGCUGAGAUGGCCAGUGUUCAUGCCCCUCCACCUCCUCCAGCUCAGCCUCCUCUAUCACACACACAACUUAUGCUGGCAGGCAGUCAGCUUGCUGGGCUGGCAGCUCUCCUUCCUGCACAGCAGCAGCUGUUGCUGCAGCAAGCUCAGGCGCAACUAUUAGCUGCAGCAGUGCAACAGUCCAAUGCAGCGCAUGCCGCCCAUGCAGCUGCGGCAGCCAAUCAGCAGCAUCAACAGCAGCAGGCUAAUCAGGCAGCAGCACAAGCCCAGAAUCAUGCCAAACCUGAGCAAACCCCACCUCCGCUUGCCCUAUCACAGCCUAUCCAGCUCACUGCCCAGGACAUUCAGCAAUUUUUGCAGCUACAGCAGUUGGUACUGAUGCCAGGUCAUCAUCUACAGUCUCCUGCUCAGUUCCUGCUGCCCCAAGCCCAGACUCAGCAUGGCCAGCAAGGUAUGUACUCUCUCUCAGGUUUGCUUUCGGCACAAAAUUUGAUUUCACUACCUCAGCAAAGCCCAGGGAGUCUCCUGACCACCCCUCCUAGACUGGGGCUCCAAGCACAGCAUCAUCCUGAUGACAGGCUGUGGUCAUUACAGAGGGAGAAGAGUGUGGAGAGCACCGUGAGCUCCGCCCCCUCCUCAGCCCCGCCCAUGAGCUCCAUUUCCUCCGUGACCCCACAUGCAGAGGAGCCCAGUGAUUUAGAGGAGCUCGAACAAUUUGCACGAACCUUCAAACAAAGAAGAAUUAAACUGGGUUUCACACAGGGGGAUGUUGGAAUGGCGAUGGGUAAACUAUACGGCAAUGACUUCAGCCAGACCACCAUCUCACGCUUCGAGGCUCUCAACCUCAGCUUCAAGAACAUGUGCAAGCUGAAACCCUUGCUGGAGAAAUGGCUGAGUGAUGCAGAAACCAUGGCAAUAGACAACAUGCUGCCGAGCCCCAGUUCACUGUCCUCACCUCUGCUGGGCUUUGAAGGGUUGCCCGGACGCCGCCGGAAGAAACGCACCAGCAUUGAGACCAACGUCCGCAUUGCCCUGGAGCGCAACUUUAUCAUGAACCAGAAGCCUACCUCUGAAGAAAUCCUGCUGAUGGCCGAGCAGCUCAACAUGGAGAAAGAGGUCAUCCGCGUCUGGUUCUGCAACCGACGGCAGAAAGAGAAACGUAUAAACCCAUCUAGUGCCACCCCUCCCCUGCCCACUCAAGCCCCUGUACAGAUGCACAAACCCCCAUGCUAUAGCCCGCACAUGAUGUCCAGUCAGUCACUGGCCCAAGCAGUCACCAGUCUCAGCACAACAGCCGUCAGUCCCACACCUUCUGUGGCCUGCCCCCUUAACCUCAGUGGACAUGCAGCAAUGAGCUCCGCCCCUUCCUCUGCGACCCCACCUCCUCUCAGCACAGUGAGCCCCACCCCACCCAAUCUUAGCCACACUGGCUUGAACACAGGGAACACAAUGAUGGGUGUAAGCACAGGAUUGAACCAGGCCUUCCUUGGCAGUAACCCUCUGGCCACAAUGCAAGCCCUGGCUGCCAGUGGUGGCCAGAUGUCCAUUUCUGCUCUUGAAGGCAGUGGCCAAAUGUUCCUGGGUGGAGCUGGAGGUCCAGGAGCUGAACUUCGCCAAUCCCUCUUUUUAAACCAUCCCACUUUACUGGCCCUGGCAACAGGUGCAGGAAUGGGACUGGUCGGCACCCCCAGGGCUUCUCCGCCUCCUGGUGCGAGUGGUGUGAGACAAGACUCAUGCUCCGUCUCCUCCUGCUCAAGUCCCACCUCCUUCUGCUCAUUAGGUGAAGCCUCACCACCCCCUCUGGGUGGAGCUAUGGCUGAGUGA